UAGAAUUUUGAUCGAUGGCAUAUUCGGAUCCUCAUUCCUUCAGAAGAAUUGCAUUGACAAGUUGAUACUCUUGUUAAUGGCUAUCUUUUCUGGAUGCAUCCUUAAUUACCUAGAGUGGUGAACGAGUGCUUGUCUUGUUGCUUCAGCCUCUAGUAGAUGAUGGAUUUCCCGAAGUGUGCUUCUUCUGUUGGAGCAAUUUCUUCUGGCAUGGGACCUUUGAUUUUCUAUAAUAAGGUGCAUGAACUGGUUGAAACCGGAAGGCCAGUGAGAGCUUCUGGUCAUGCUGUUGAGACUGACGUCGAUGUAGACCUCAACGAAAUAUACUUCUUGAUCAUGCAUUUUCUGUCGAUUGGUCCAUGCCAGAGGACCUUUGGCCAACUCUGGAAUGAAGUUUUGGAGCAUCAGCUGCUUCCUAGAAGGUAUCAUGCUUGGGCUUCUAGGAGUGGAAUAAGAAGUGGGAAUGAGGAUGAUGAUGGCAUCUCUUUCCCUUUAAAUUACAGUAAUCUGGUGGAAAGGUGUCCGCACAUUGGGAAAGACCACUUGGUUAAGCUUCUCAAGCAACUGAUGCGGCAUACUGGCCAUUUAGUGCAUGACAAGGUUGGAAUAGAUGCACUCAGCGCUGCUGAUGUUCCAACGUUGCUGGGAGUUGGUUCCUUUUCCUUGUUCGAUGGUAUGAGCAAGAUCAAUAAGCAACUUAAGCGUCUACCAGCUUACUUGUGCUGGCCACAUAUGCGGGCUGAUCAGGUCCGAUAUGUGGGAGGUUUUAGAAAGCACCAUCGUGCCCCAUCAAUUCACUCUGCAUGUUAUGCCAUUGUAAAGCCAUUGAUGUUGGUCGAAAGGAUGCAAAAUAUUAAGAAGCUAAGGGGACGUCGAGUUGCUGUCUAUUGUGCAACAUUCGAUUGGUCAGGAAGAUAUGUCAUCACGGGGUCAGAUGAUCGUCUUGUGAAGAUCUGGUCAAUGGAAACUGCGUUUUGUUUGGCAAGCUGCCAGGGACAUGAAGGUGAUAUUACCGAUCUAGCUGUAAGUUUAAAGAAUGCCCUGGUGGCAUCUGCUUCAAAUGACUUCGUUAUUCGAGUUUGGCGCUUACCUGAUGGAUUCCCAAUCUCAGUCCUGCGGGGGCAAACUGGAGCUGUCACUGCUAUUGCAUUUAAUCCCAGGCCCAGCGCAGUAUAUCAGCUAUUAUCGUCAUCAGAUGAUGGAACUUGUCGACUCUGGGAUGCUAGGUAUUCUCACUGCACUCCAAGAUUAUACCUGCCAAAACCACCAGAUGCUAUUGCCGGUCAGAGCAACGGUCCUUCGAACAAUGAACUUUCUUCUAGUAUUGCCCCACAAUGCCACCAAAUACUAUGCUGCGCUUACAAUGCCAAUGGAACUGUAUUUGUGACUGGUAGCUCUGACAGCUUUGCAAGGGUCUGGAAUGCUUGUAAAUCCAACGCAGACAAUCCAGAACGACCGGUUCAUGAGAUGGAUGUGUUAUGUGGGCAUGAGAACGAUGUCAAUUAUGUCCAGUUUAGUGGUUGGUCUGUGGCUCCCCGAUCGUCAAUGUCUGAUAAUUUGAAGGAGGAUAAUUUUCCAAAGUUUAGAAACUCAUGGUUCUGUCAUGACAACAUUGUCACUUGUUCUCGUGUUGGAAGCGCAAUUAUAUGGGUGCCGAGAUCCCGCAAAUCCAAUGGAAAAGGUGGACGUUGGGUGCGAGCGUACCAUUUGAAAGUUCCACCUCCCCCUUUGCCGCCUCAACCUCCUCGAGGAGGUCCACGUCAGAGAUUUCUUCCGACUCCUCGUGGUGUUAAUAUGAUUGUGUGGAGUUUGGAUAAUCGCUUUGUUCUUGCAGCUAUUAUGGACUGUCGGAUAUGUGUGUGGAAUGCUGGUGAUGGUAGUUUAGUUCAUUGUUUGACCGGUCAUAGUGCCUCCGUAACCUAAGUGCUAGAUAUUCAUCCAUUCAAUCCCCGGAUAGCUAUGAGAGUUGGGUAUGAUGGAAAAGCAAUUGUUUGGGAUCUGAGUUUUAUCAUAUGGGAAGGCAGACCUAUUCGGGUGUAUGAAAUUGGGCGCGUGAAGCUGGUUGAUGGAAAGUUUUCUCCGGACGGGACUUCAAUUGCACUUUCUGACGAUUAUGGGCAAAUACAUCUCAUAAACACUGGUGAAGGCAAAUCCCAAAAGGAUGCCAAAUAUGAUCAGUUCUUCCUUGGGGACUACCGCCUUAUACGUGACACUGUUGGAAACGUUCUUGAUCGGGAGUCACAACUUCCACCGCAUCGAAGAAAUGUUCAGGAUCCUCUUUGUAUGGUUCCAUAUCCAGGACCCUAUCAAACUACAUACCAGCAAUGACGACUUGGUGCUUUGGGUAUUGAGUGGCGUCCUCCUACCAUUAGAUUUGUUGCUGGCCCUGACUUUACUCUUGGUCAGGAGUAUCAGAUGCUGCCCUUAGCGGAUUUGGAAAGGAUGAUUGAACCUUUACCUGAGUUCAUUGAUGCCGUUUUCUGGGAACCGAAAAAUGAAAUUUUCAGUGAAGAUAAUGACUCGGAGUCCAACGUUACUGAGGAAAGUGAAGGUGAGAGGGGUAGUUUAAGUGCUGGAUUUUUCAGUGAUCCUGAGUGCACGGCAGGAGACAGUGAUACCAAACAAAGCCAUAGAGAUAGCCGCCGUAGGGCAGGAAGGAAAAAGCAUAGAACUGAGGCAAUUCUUUGUAUGCUUAAGUCGAUUCCUUUUUCUUUUUCUCUUUCUUUUUUCAUUUUCUUGGGAGUGAAUCUAGCCUCAUAUGCUCUUAAGGUUGAAUGGGUAACUUCGUCAGGAAGGCGUGUCAAGAAAAGGAACUUGGAAGAAUGUGAAGGCUCUGCAUCCAGGGAUACUCAAAAUAAAAAAUCAGAAAAUCGCAGGAAAUCUUCAGGGAGGCUGUCUAUCAAAGCACAUAAUUUGAGGCCCCAGCAUGUUGCAGCAUGGAAUGCUUUGAACAUGAUUUGUGAAAUCAUUGAUAUGUCUACUGAAGGAGAAAAUAUUGAAAACUCAGGAGACUCAUUGUCCGAGAGUGAGUUACAGGGGCUUAACCGAAACAAAGAAAGAGACGAUAGUGACAGGAACUUCCCUGCACAGAAGGAAGGUGGAAAAGGCAAAGAACCAAUCACCAAACCUGAUGAAUUGCGUGAGUACCAAUCAAAUGCUGGAAACAGGAAAAGAUUGGUUCUGAAGUUUUCACUUCGUGACACUAAGAAAGUUGUGCCUUCAGAAAACACCAGAAUGAUAAUGCACAACGAUGCUGAUCUCCUGAAUGUACCUCCUCAUCUUUCUCAAGAAAUGACAGAGAACAUGAAUGCUACGACAUCCAAUGAUGUAGCUUCUCAUUUUGUGAAUUCGAGUAAUGUACAUGAGGAUAAAGAAGUACCUGAAAAUAUUGAUGACGUCUUGAUUGCAUCUGCCGGUGACAAUGAGAAUGAGAUCAGAUGGGGAGAAGUCAAGAUGCGGUCAUCAGUGCGUCUGAGAUCAGACCUUUUGCCGACUGAUGCAUCGGAAGGAACUAGGGGAAGGUGGGCGAAUAAGGAAAAUGAGACUGAUCUGAAUAGGGGUGAGGAGAAGUGUGGAGCUGAUGCAUUCCAACCUGGGGAGCUCACAAGAACAGAUGACCAUGCUAAUCUUGAGGGUGCACAUACAUUUUCAUCAGCUGACUUUCCACCGGAGAGCCAACCAGAUGGAAAUUCAGGUGCAGUUGUAGAGGAUCCUCCACAAAGAUCAACUGCUUUAAGAAUCAAAACAAGGGGUCCAUCGAAAGUGAAAUCCACUGAAGUCGAAGGUUCAACUGGCGAUGCAAGCAAUAGGAACAUAAAACAUCCUCCACAUGCGGAGCACAGUCAAAACCCCGAAUCUCCCGAAGAGGCUCCAUUUGCUGAACGGUUGACCUCCAUGGAGCCACUGCACUUGAAUUCAAAGGCGGUGGUGUCUGAUACAGACUUGGACAGGGAAAGGCCACAGAGCUCUGACACAGAUGCGGAAGAUCUUGGGAUCCCCGAUAAUAUUGCUAUCAACUACCCUGAAGUUGCGACCGAUGCAAUACAUAGAGCAAGGUCCUUGAAGAUGAAGGCAACAUCCACAGAGCCAGAAAUCAUCCACCACAGUUUCAAGGUUAGAGGACAGGAGACUUCAGGGACAUCGAAGUUUGCAGAGACAUCCUCAAGGAAAGCACGUGAUCCGCUUGUAUAUAAAGAUUGGGUGUCCAGUUCAAAAAUGAUGGUCAGACCAAGGUCUAGUAGGAAUAAAAGGGGCGAGAGUAAUAAUAACGAUCAAGGUUUCCCUUGGGGGGAAAAGUCAAGCCAGAAUCUCAGGAAAAAGUCAUGGCAGGGUUAUCGCUAUACACCUCAGUUAGGCGAUGAAGUUGUUUACUUGAGACAGGGACAUCAAGAGUUCAUCGAAUCGAGUUGCUUGCGAGAUGUUGGCCCUUGGAGGUCGCUUAGAGGGAGUCUGAGUGCUGUGGAAGUUUGCAAGGUUGAAGCUCUUGAUUGUGCCAAUAGUCCAGGCUCUGGGGAGAGCUGCUGUAAACUGACUCUUAAAUUUGUGAAUCAUGUUUCUAAUGUGUUUGGACGCAGAGUCAAGUUGAUGUUGCCAGAGCUGAUCAAUUUUCCUGCUUUUCUGGUUGAAAAGACAUGGUAUGAUAAUUCUAUGCAGAGAAAGUGGAGCCAGGAUAAGUGCCUUGUAUGGUGGAGAAAUGAGAGUGGGACAGGAGGAAGUUGGUGGGAGGGUCGAAUAACAACUGUACAAGUUAAGUCACCUGAGUUUCCUGACAGUCCGUGGGAAAGAUAUGUUUGUUACAGGACUGAUCCUCCUGAAAAACAUCUGCACAGUCCUUGGGAAUUACAUGAUCUUGAAGUAUCCUGGGAUCAUCCUCAUAUAGAUCCUGAGACCCGAGAUGAACUCCUGUCCAUGUUUUCCAAGCUAGAGCGUUCAGUUGGCAAGAACCAGGACUACUAUGGCUAUCAAAAGUAAAAAGCCGCUCAGAAAUUGGAUUUUUCAAGUAGUACCCCUUUAAUGUUUCGAUUUCGCAGAUGUCCAGUAGGUUUGGAUCCAGAACUGAUCCAGCUGAGGUUGGAGAACAACUAUUAUCGGAGAGUGGAAGCGGUGAAGCAUGACAUAACCGAGUUGAUGCGCAAUGCUCAAUCAUACUUCGUAACAAACGCUGAGUCGUCUGUCGAGAUGAGGCGCCUGUCUGAUUGGUUUACCAAGACAUUGACGGGAUUUUAUAUUCUCGUGUUCCUUUUCAAACUUCAACUUGGAUCAGAAAAAUAUGCCUCUGCAGCAGCUGCUAAUGGCUGCACUCUUUCGGAGCAACUGGCUUCAGUGAAUGAGGAAAGCAUGAGGAUAUUCAAGGAAUACAUCACCAAACAUAACGUCCCCACUGAUGUUCCGGACGACCUUGUUGAGAGCUCUCCCGAAGAUGAUGUUGAAGCCACCAAGAAGCCACCAGCGAACUCAAAGGAAACAAAAUUAAAUUAAUCUUCUUA